AUUAGGAGAGUGGAACGUGAAAAAAGGGUGCGUUCCUAUAUAACAUAUACUCAGGUACCCUAUAUACCUGUUAGAUUUUUUUUUAAGUAAAAAGAAGUGAUUUAUUGUGCUACAAGACGAGUUAAAAUUCUAUUCGCAUAUUGCAAUUAAUCGAAUUAUUUUACUAUGAUCCAACAUCAUAGAUUCUCUAAAUGCAAUACAGUACAAUAAAAUACAAUAUCUUGUGAAAACGUGCGUCGAUGAAGGAAAAUAUGUGUUGUUUAUUUUCAAUUUUAUUCACACGGACUUGUGAAAGAUAAAAUUGUUUAACUAUAUACAUAUAUAUCAAGGGACAAAAAAUUUGUGUAAUAAUUAUUUUUAUUGAAACUAUUUGUGUCUUUUGGAUGAAAAUUUAUUGUUGAUGUAAAAAAAUAAUGACAGAUGUAUUGCUUGGAUUAGUUUCUAACGGAUUUUACAACUCUGAAACUAGUAUUAAUAAAGAUGUGUUCAAAACCAACAGUAAAUGCAUCUAUUCUGAAAUGAGGCAUUCAAAAAGUGAGGAUCUUUUUAAUCCAAUGUCCAGGCCACCAACACCUGUGACUGCUGUUUCUGAGGAACUUAUUGCUUGUACACCUUGCACAUUAUUAACAGAAACAACUGGAUCAAAUAAAAUCGAUCCCGUUGAUUCAAUUCGUGAUAUUGUGUCUGAAAAUGAUCUUUACAGAUUUGUACUAUUUAAACGGCAUUAUGAUAAAUAUGUAGCAUUGUCAACAAAAUAUGAAGAGGAAAAAGGAAUGGUUUAUUAUUUAGAAGAGCGUUACAUAGAAUUGAAGGCUGAGCGUGAUAAAUUGGAACAAACAAGUUGGAUGUUGGAGAAAAAAUUGGAAGGAUGUGAAUUAGAGCUUCGUGAAAAGGAAGAGGAACUUUUUCUUCAAUUGGAAAGGAGUUUACGUCUUGAGGAUGAGAUUGAAAGAGUUAAAAUAGAUCGAGACACUUGUAAAUCAGAAUAUGAUCAAUUGGAACGUGAUCAAGCUGGUGUAUUGAGACAACUUCAGUUACACACUGCUCAGAAUGAAAUUACAAGACGAUCAUUGGAACGUGCAAGACAGGAAGUGAUUAAACAGGCAACAAUUAUUCGCGAAGAACGUGAUGCAUUGGAACAAGAGAAUGAGGUACUAAAGGAAAAAUUGAGAUUGGAACAAAAUGAACUUGGUGCUGAACGUCUUAGGCGAGAAGAAGGAAUUGCUGCUCUAACUCAGGAAGCUGUGACAUUACGUCAUACAGCAAGGCAUAUGAGAGCUGCGGCUUUGCAUGCAACGGCUUGUCGAAGUCGAAGAAGGUGUUCUGUUUGCAUUUACGCUAAACGUACAUUUGCCGAAGUUGAUGACUUUCGAAAUGAUGGGAAACUGUUUAAAUGUCUUCAAGCACCAUUUCAAGAUUUACGAAGUUGGUUAUUACCAAGUGUACAAGCAGUUUUACCUCCAUUGAGAACAAGUUCCGCAUUAGAUUGUGAAAUAGGUUAUAUCGAUGAAUCUAGCAGUAGUUCAGAAGAUGAAUACUCCAGUGCACCAGUUGCUGAAGUAUCCUUAUCUUCUGGAAAUUCUAAUGCGCCACCAACAUGUAGGGCUUUUUCCUCAGAUUCAGGAUUCUCAUCGGAAAUUGGAGAUCGAAGAUCACGUUCCUAUGAAUGUGGUAGUAGCCAUAAAAGUGAAUCAUGCAACAGUGAAAAUACACAACGACAACCAGGCCUUCAACGCUCAAAAUGGACAUCGUCGAUUCGUAAACUUCUUAAUCGUAAAUCGAAAACUAAAACUACUGUAAGUCAAUCAUAAUAUGAUUUCUUUAAAAUUUUGCAAAAUCAUUGCUUCCAUUCAACUAAUUUUAAUUAUUUCAUUUGGUCUAAUUUUUUGAGAAGAAAAACAUUUUUUUGGAGUAUUUAAGAAAAAUUUAUUUUUUAUAAAUUUACAUAUUAAUUUUCAGUCUUCGUUAUGUGUAAUAUUUAUUUAAAGUAGAAAAAAUGUUAAAUCGUAGAAAUUAUAAGUUACGUUUGCACCUGUUUCGGAAUCUAUAUAUAUAGUACAGUAGUGUUUAAUUAUACCCUAUGAAAAAAAGAGGUUUAUUUACAUCUUCCAUCAUUGUCUUAUGCACGCGUUUCCAUGGAAACAAUACGUAAGACAAGAACAAAAUAAUAUAAAGGGCAUAAUUAAUCACUAUUUUACUUUUUGUAGAAAAUUUCAAAAAGCACAUUUAUUUUAUAGUCAUUUUCAGUAUUUGAUUACUUAAUUUAAAGAAUUUUAAAACUAAUACAGUAGAACGCAUUUCUUUUCUCGCUCCCCUCCACUAAACAUUAAGGUUCUCUCACAUUAUAAAAUGGAGGGAGUAGAAGAUCCGAAAUGUGAAAAACUAGUGUCAAAGAGAUGAAAAGUAUUUUUUUUUAUCAAAUUCACACUAGUUGUCUAUUUAUAAAGUGACGUUUCCCCCUCCAUGUGAUUGACUAAUUAUACAAUACUCGUGACAUUUAAUUGAUAAUUAUCUUUUAGCUCAGUUGUAAAGUAAGGUGCAACGAUAUCGAAAACAAGUGCGUGAAAUUUCAUCGUUGUACCUUACUGUAACAUACGUUAUAUUUAAUUUAUUUAUUAUCUUCGUUACAUUUUGUUAAUUUUAAUUAUAUGGAAUUGCAGAGAGAGAACAUAGAUAGAUAAAAAAAAAUAACUUGUAAGUAUUUUAACUUUAUAUGAAGAUGUCCAUUUUUUAUAAUUUUAAGUUUUAGGUUAUUACAAUCGGUUCACAGCCAUUGUGAACACAGCCUUAUGUUCUAAUCACAUUAUAAUUAUUUUUCCUAAACGAUUUUGCGCAAAUUAUUAUUUAUGACUUAUGUCAUUGUAUAUUUUCUGCUUAAGACUGUUUAAAAUGAUAGUGUGUACAUAGAAAAUUACGUUUGUACUUAUAUAAAUUUAUAUAUACAUAUAUAAUAGGUAAAAUGUGUUCUAAAUAUGUAUUUAGAAUAAUUAUGUUUUCAUCUAUAUUAUUUUUAUGAUGUACAGGAUUAGUUUUCAUACAAAAAAAAGGGCAUUCCAUCGUUUUAUUAACGAAUUUUUUAAAUUGAUAGGUUUUUAAAUAAGUUAUAAUUAACAAAAUUUUAAACGAUGGUGAGUUUUUGUAAAAUAAAAGUUUAUGUACAAUUUUUUUUUUAAAGGUGAUCACAGCGAAUUAUCUAGAAAUUAUAAUACGAAUGUUAAAAAAUUAGUUUGAGAUUAAAAUGGCUGAAUUGUUGGUAGCUGUUUAGACUAAUAAAAAAUAAAACUACAUUUAAGCUUCAAUAGAAUUUAGUUCAGAUAUACAAAAGUUUAUUUUCUGAAAAACGAUAUUUACCCAUUGUAUAAGUCUAACAUAUUUCCUUGCAACUGCGACAGUGUUAACAAUUUUUACAUUUUAUCAAUGAUUUUGUAUACAUAUUCAACAAAAUAUAAUUUAUAGAUAAGAAA